ACGAUAAUUAAAAUGAAUCACAAUGGCCGAUAUGAAACAGCGACACUUGUAUUUAGUUAAUUGUUCUGCGCGCACGCAGCCCUGUUACAAUUUAGAUCAUUUCGUGAUCUGCAUUUGCCGUCUUUUUGAGAGAGAUAAAUAUUAUAUUGAUCAGCUUUCCCUUGUCGCCUUUACGAAAUAGUAAAAACGUCGGGAAAAGUGUCUUUUAAGGGGAAAACCCAAUUUGAAAAUGGAAUCACAUGAGAAGGAGGUAAAGGUCGGUGCAGUCUGUGACACGAUGACCUCGACCUUGGAACUGAGAAAUGAAAAUGGGCAAAACGGUGUUCCACCAUCCAAACAGCAAAUCAAAGAUCUGGACGACCUCCUCCCUUACGUGGGCGGUUUCGGCUGGUACCAGCGCCUCCUGUUCCUCAUGAUGAUACCUUAUUCGUUCUUCUUCGCUUUCGUCUAUUUCGCUCAGAUUUUCAUGACAGUUGUUCCGAGCGAGCACUGGUGCUAUGUCGGAGAGUUGAAGAAUCUUAGCGUGGAGGAAAGACGUCAUCUGUCUAUCCCUAGAACCAAUGGCAUGUACGAUAAGUGUCACGUGUAUGAUGUGGAUUGGAAGAUAAUUCUAAACGAAGGUAUAUCGGCACCCGAUGACUCCUGGCCAGUGAAGAAAUGUGAAUCCUGGGAGUUUAAUUUCACUGAUAUACCAUACGAAACUAUAGCUACACAGUUAGGAUGGGUGUGCGAGAGAGACAACUAUCCAGCGACCGCUCAGUCUGUUUUCUUUGGAGGUGCCAUAGUCGGGGGCCUGGUAUUCGGAUGGAUUGCUGACAAAUAUGGGAGGAUUCCUGCUUUACUGGGAACGAACCUGAUUGGAUUCGCCGCGGGCGUCGGGACGGCAUUCAGCAACAGUUUCUGGUCAUUCUGCCUCUGCCGGUUCCUAGUGGGCAUAGCUUAUGAUAACUGUUUCAUCAUCAUGUACAUCAUCGUUGUCGAAUACGUUGGUCCAAAAUGGCGUACCUUCGUAGCCAAUAUGUCUAUUGCCGUCUACUUCACAUUCGCUGCCUGCCUGCUGCCUUGGAUAGCCUUGGCUGUCGCUGAUUGGAAGGUCUACACCCUCAUCACUAGUGUGCCUUUAGGACUGGCUAUUCUGACACCUUGGGUUGUUCCUGAGAGUGCCAGGUGGCUCAUUUCUCAAGGUCGUACCGAAGAAGCCAUUAAAAUUAUGAAGAGGGUUGAAACGAUAAACAAGAAGAAAAUACCUGAUGAAAUUAUAAAAGAAUUCAGGGAGACAGCCGCAGAAAUAGCGAGAACAGAGCGAGAAAUCAAGAACUAUUCCGCGGCAGACCUCUUCAAGACUCCUCGUCUGCGCCGCCACAGCAUUCUUCUGGUCAUCAUCUGGAUGUCCAUAGCCAUGGUCUUCGAUGGCCACGUCAGGAAUGUCGGGUCUUUGGGGCUGGACAUGUUUGUUACGUUCACAGUGGCUACGGCUACCGAGUUCCCAGCUGACAUCCUGCUCAUUCUGAGCUUGGAUAUGAUCGGUCGUCGCUGGAUGUCAUUUGGAUCUAUGGUCAUCAGCGGUGUCUUCAGCAUCUUGGCCGCAGCGGUACCUAUUGGUAUACCAUCAGCGUCUCUAGCUAUUGUCGGUCGCUUCGCCGUCAACAUUUCCUUCAACAUUGGCAUGCAAUACGCCGCUGAACUCCUGCCGACCGUGGUCAGAGCGCAGGGGUUGGCGUUUAUACACAUAAUGGGUUAUGUUGCGACCAUAUUAGUGCCUUACAUCGUUUAUUUGGCAACAAUAAACACAAUAAUACCCCUCCUUAUUCUCGGCGCGCUGGGAAUUUUGGGUGGUUGUCUAUGCCUCUUCCUGCCAGAGUCCACGGGCAAAGAUAUGCCACAGACAAUAGAAGAUGGCGAGGAGUACGGCAGAGACCAAAGCUUUUGGAACAUACCUUGUAUUAAACAAAAAAAGGAUGUGACUGCGUAGAAAAAAAUUGAACAUAGAAUUAUUUUAAUUUAGAUUAUUUAAUAUCUUAUAAUUAUUCUGGUAAAUUUAAUUAAACAUAUGUACUUACGUAUUAUUUAUUUGAAAGUAUUCUUUUUUCAUUAUAUUGUAACAAAUUUAUUUAUUUUAAUUAAACUCAAUGAUUUUAA